GAGGGCUACGAUCGGCACCCCUUUCCUUCUCGUUGGUAUCAGCGGGCUGCGUCGCCGCCGGCCGAGCAAUGGAUGAGAGGGCGGACAAGAUGGCGGAGAAGGCGCAGAAGAGUGUAAAGAUUGCUCCUGGAGCUGUUGUCUGUGUCGAGAGUGAAAUCAAGGGUGAUGUGACAAUUGGGCCUAGGACUGUGAUUCACCCCAAAGCACGGAUCAUUGCAGAAGCUGGACCAAUAGUAAUCGGGGAAGGUAACCUCAUAGAAGAGCAGGCAAUUAUCAUAAAUGGCUAUCCUGAAAACAUUACCCCUGAUACAGAGGAGGUGGGAGCCAAACCAAUGAUCAUUGGCACCAACAACGUCUUUGAAGUUGGCUGUUAUUCCCAGGCAAUGAAAAUAGGAGACAACAAUGUAAUUGAGUCCAAAGCAUUUGUGGGUAGGAACGUGAUCUUGACGAGCGGCUGCAUCAUUGGAGCCUGCUGCAAUGUCAACACCUACGAAGUCAUCCCUGAAAACACGGUCAUCUAUGGAGCUGACUGUCUUAGGCGAGUGCAGACUGAGCGGCCCCAGCCACAAACAUUGCAGCUGGACUUCCUAAUGAAAAUCCUGCCAAAUUAUCACCAUCUUAAAAAAGCCAUGAAACCAACUUCUACGCCUGUGAAGAGCUGAAGACACCCUUCUCCCAGCACGCUUACCAGAACUGCAGUGCUUUCAGGACUCUUGUGUCCGCAAGAGCUAACUCACUUAACUUACAUGCUCAUUCAUUCCAUUGUGCAACAUAAUGUUAUUUAUUAAAAUGUUGAAAAAUGAAA